CAGCCCGGAAGGGGCGGGGCCUGCGCGGCGGAAACUCUCCGGCGUGUGAGGCGCGUGUGCGGCGGGGCGGCCUCCCGAGCCCCGCGGUCCCGCUUCCCAGCGGCUCGGGCCCGCACGCUGCAGGGGUCGGGGCGCAUUGCCGGGAACGCAGCCCCCCGUCCUGAUCCCACAGUCACCUUCACCCCGUGCGCUCGGAGACGCAGCCCUCUGACCCCAGGACCGACAGACACACAGACACCCCAGUGCGGAUCGACAGGAACCCCCGGCCUGGCCAUGGAGCCCCGAGUGCUCCCGGCUCCUCCCGGCUCUCUGCGCCCUCCUGGCGGAUCCCAGGCAGCCGGUGGCGGAUGACACCUGUCUGGAGAAACUGCUGGACUGGCUUAAAACGGUCAACGGAAGCAGAACCCAGUUUUCUGGUGCCGCAGGAGAACCCCUGCCUGACGGAGCUGCUGCUCCACACGCUGAAGCUCCAGGACACGAGUCCCCGAGUCCUGUCCUUCCCGCUCCGCCUUGCAGGGGUAUUUGCAGCCCAGGAGGACUGCUUCCAGUAUCUCCAGCAGGGGCAGCUGCUGCUCGGGCUCUUCGGGGAGGCCGGGCCCCUGGGCAAAGCGGCCUGGGGCAUCCCCAGCGUGCGCAGCGGCUGGGCCCAGGGCCUGUGCUCCCUGGAGCAGCACCCCAGCGCCCUGCAGUUCCUGGCCGACUGCGGUGCUGUUGACACCAUCCUCUCCCUGCAGGGAGACCCCAGCCCGUUUGUCGCCUCAGCCGCCAGCCAGCUCCUGGUGCGCGUCCUGGCCUUGGCCCUGCACGGCAGCACUGGGGAGCAGCCCCUCGACGGGCCCCCCUGCGCCCAGAGGGUUGUGGGCCACCUCGAGGAGUGCCUGCGCUCCCCGGCCACCCCCCAGGUCAUAUGAACGCUGGAUGUGCUGACUUCCCUGUUCGGGCGCUGCCAGGGCCCCUGGAUCCAGGUCCUGUGGGUGCGGCUGAGCCCCGUGGCCCACCUCCUGGAGGAAGACCCCGUCCCGGCCGCGCCCGUGCUCGUGGGCCUCCUGCUCAGUGUGGCACAGUGAGGUCCUUGCGAUGCUGUGGGAGGUGCCGAGUUGCCUUGGAGCAGGGGCACCUGGGUGUGUGUCGGGGGAAGCCAGAGCCCUGAGCUGGCGGAUCCCAGCCUCCACCAGGAGCCCACAGGGGCAGAGGAUGCCCCUGGGGGGCAGAGGACGGGGGUGCAGAGGUGGGAGGAUGGGGAGCACGGUCUCCCUGGAUCAGGAGCAGGGCCAGCCUUGGCAGUCCUGGCGUGUCCCCCUCUGAGCCUCAGUCCUGCCACACGCAGGGAUGGGCUCCACAACGGUCACCACCCUCCUCUCCUCCAGGUCAUCCUGCGUGGGCCUCCCGUGCCAGACCCUGGCGCAGCUGGAGGAGCUGCAGCCCCCGUGGGUGGGGCCCGGAUGGGGACAGGCCUCCCCGGAGCAGAGGCCACCAGCCCCACAGCCCCCGCUGAGCCCUUGCCCUGGCCCCAGGCGCCCCUGCUGGGGGCUGUGACGACGACACUGCGGUUCUGCACUGGCUCCGCGGCCCCUGCCUCCAGCAUGGGGGGCCUCCUCUGCGAGACCCUGGCGGGCUGUGUCCGGGUGCAGCGAGCGGCGCUUGAUUUCCUGGGUGCACUCUUGUGGGGGACGGGCCCCCAAGAGCUGGUGACUCUGGUGUUUGCCCUCCUCCUGGAGUACCUCAGGAGCCCUGACUCCAGCCCUAUGGUCCUGAAGAAGGCCUUCCACGCCUCGCUCCAGUGGCUGCUGCACUCACUGGGCCCCCAGACCCAGCUCUUCCUCACAGAGCUGCUGCCCGAGCUGCAGAAGCGUCCGUGCAGCCCCUGCUGGGAGGUGCGCGACUCAGCCCUGGAGUUCCUGGCCCAGCUCACCAGGCACUGGGGAGGGCGGGCCGGCUUCCGACAGGCCCCCCUGGCCUCAGAGGUGCCUGAACUUGCCGAGCAGAUGCUCCACGACCCCGAGAGCUACGUCCAAGCUGGCGCGGUGGCCGGUGGGCAGCUGUCCAUGCAGGGGCUACACGCCAUCCCCGAGGCCCCGGAGGCCCAGCAGAGGCUGCUCCUCGAGCUCCUGCACAUUCUCUCCACGGACUCAGAGAGUUUCCCCCGCCGGGCUGUGAUGCACGUCUUCACGGAGUGCCUGCGGGACGGCCACACCAAUGUGCCCAAGGACAGGGAGCAGUUCGUGGCCAGCGUGCUCCGGGCGGCGGGCCGCGACCUGGACUGGGAGGUCAGGGUGCAGGGCGUGGAGCUGGCCCUGGCGUUCCUGGCCCAGACGCUGGGGCCUCCUGGUGCCAGCUGCCCCUGUGCCGUAGCCCUGUCCGGGGCCGCCCCACCCAGCCCCCCAGCCCCCGCAGUGCUGCAGACGCUGUGCUGGGCCCAGUUCUUCGAGUUCACUUUUCGUACCUUGUUUGACUGUGACUGGGCUGUGGCCCGGAAGUCCUGCAACCUCCUCCUCCUGCUGGGGGCCACAGUGGACCCCUGCGGCGCCAGCUCUGCCAGCGUGGAGGCGGCCCUGCGGAGCUGGCAGGCAGGCGGGCAGGGCCAGCCCCUGGGGCAGCUGGAGCCCGAGGCUGUGGUGGCCGUGCUGCGGUCCCUCGACCUGGAGGGCCUCCGGGCCACGCUGGCCGAGAGCAGCGACCACGUGGAGAGACGCCCCCAGUCCCUCCUGCAGGACAUGCUGGCCACCGGGGGCGUCCUGGAGGACCAGGCUGACUGCUACUGAGGGGCCCUGGCCCCCACCAGCACACCAGGGGACGGACCUCCCACCAGGACAGCAGGGGCCCACGGGGCUGCCCUGGGUCCCCUCUUGGCUCCUGCCAUCCCAGGGCUACAAGGCGCCCCCAUCCCAGCCCAGCUCCACAGGGGCCUCUGGGCAGCUGGGACCAGGGAGAGCAACAAGAGGGAACCCACAUUGUGAUUUAUUAUUAAAGAAAUGGCUUAUUUUCUACACAGAAUAAAUGACUUCCGACAGAG